AUGUUGUCUUUAGAAAGCACUGAGCUUUCACCGAGCAAUUCCGCUCAUAAUGUUGAAAAACCCACCUUACCCGAAUCCCUCUCGAAGUCAGAGCAUGAGUCGUCUGACGACAAUGCUUCUGGCGACGAGUCCGCCCCUAGAGCCUCUUCCCCCAAGUCGGAGAUGGAGGAAGAGUACUCUAGUUCUGAAGAUGAAUCUAUGAUCGACGAUAAGUUCUCCGAAGAAGAAAUCCAAGAGAUUUAUAAAGAUCUGCCCCAGGUUACUGAAACCCCUCAGGUUUCUGAAAUAACAAACCAAACCCGCGAUUCCGAAACCCCUCAGGUUUCCAACCCCACGGAGUUCGACAAAGCGAACGCAUACUCCCGGCGCAUCGAGGAAAAGCAGUCCAACAAAAGACCGCGCAACCCCUCAAGCCCCACCCAAGAACAGCUGAAAAAAGCUAAAGACGUUGAUGGCAUGCAGCAAACAAUAGAGGAAUUGUUUGCUAAAUUGCAAGAGAAUGAGGUUGAAAGACGUCAGGAUCAGGCAAGGCAUAGCCAACAAAUCGCUGAGCUAAUGGAUGAGCUGAAAAAGCUUAGGACCAUGCUCGAGCAGAAAGAUCAAGAAAAUCGGGAACUAGUCGCACAGCUGGUGAAACUAACCGAUAGAUCUAAUCCCACCCCAACCCCCUCAGAGCCAGAAUCUGAACCCAACCUAGAAGUGGCAGAAAUGGACACGGAAGAGGUUGUGGACUCAGGCAGUGAAAGCACCUAUCGUUUUCCAAAAUACAGGAAAAAGAAAGGUGCAUGCAAAAAACCUAUUCAAGAACCAGAACACGGCAAAAGCAGUGUUAAAGACGCCCAACCUGAGGCAAAUAAAGCUGAGAGGAUAAAUGAGUCUACCCUAGCAAAAUCUGACCUCAACUUAGAAGUGGCAAUGAUGGACACUGAAGUAGUUGAGGACUCAGGAGAUGAAAAUGCCUACCAAUUCCCUAAUUACAGGAAACGGAAAGGCAGAAAAGCCACAAACAAACGCGAAUGCAAUGACGACACCCAACCUGAGGCAGACAAUGCUGAAAAGGUUAAAGAGCCGAAAAAGCGAAAAGCAAAUCCUACUACUACUGAUAAUAAUGGAACAUCUCAUCCUGCUGCGUAUCAAGAAGGCCAACAGCUGGACGAUUCUGAUUGCUUCGCGGAUGAAAGUAACCCCGCAUCCCCUCAGGAUAGCCAAAUUAGUAUGGAUAUACCCCCUCAGGGAUCAAAUAAUGCAUUAAAAACACUUCUAGACGCUGAGUACGACAGCAGAAGAUGUGAUGGAAAGAAACCGAAUAAAAGGCCAUGCAGCAGUCCAGCCACGGACAGAAAUCAAGAUGAUCUGGCCAUAACGGUCCAGAAAUUAAUGAUACAGCUGGAAAAAAGAGAUAAGGAGGCCAAAAUAGAACAACAAGAAUUCAAAGAAAUGUAA